AAACAUGAUACCAGGUGUUAAACAAAAAUGUAAAAUAAAGUAAAACAACAACAUAUUUAAACAAUUUUUAUGAAAUAAUAUAAAACAUCUAUAAUGAAUAAAGCUAUGCGCAAAAUAACUUAUUAUGAAAAUAUAUUGGAAUUUAAAGAAAACACCAAAGAAGAUUUAAAUCUGAAUGAAAUAAACAAUUGGCAACUAUGUCGAACUUGUUUGAUAGAAACCAAGGAAGAUGAUGUAGAUUUGGAAAAAAUGAGAAUUAUGGAUGUAAUGGAAGGAAGUUUUCUUAGCAUAAAGGAAAUGCUAGUACAGACCACUAAUAUCAAGAUGUGUACUACAGAAAAUCUACCCUCAAAAGUUUGCAAGGAAUGUUUUAGUAAAAUCACAGCAUUGUAUUAUUUUUCUAUACAAGUUCAUAAAGCUGAUAAGAUUUUAAUUAAAUUGGAUCAUAAACUAAAAGGUUACAAGGAUGGAAUGUCCGAAAUAUUAACAGAGGAAGUGAGUAGUUAUAAUGAAAAUGAAUUGCCUGAAGAUAGUAUACUACUCGAAGUCGAAGAACUUUUCGAUAUAGAAAAUGUGGAGAAUAUUGCAACAAGUUUAGAAGAUGCUAAUACAAACACAUUGGAAGAAGAGUCAAAGAAAGAUUUGGAGAAAACUGUCGAUGAUAAGGAUAGCUUAGACUAUUACGAGGAUAUUGCACAACUAGAAGCAUCAUUAUCGUUAACAGAUGAUGAACUUGGUGAUGAUUUUAAAGGUGAAGAAGAAAAUUUACUGGAAAAAGAUCUUUUGGAGGAUCCUAGUACUAGUAAUAGUGAGAAAGAGGAGGAUAAUGUGGUUGUAGCACCAAAAAUAGUUAAAUCCGUUAAGAAGAGAAAAAUUAGCAAAGUACCUCCUACGUCAGGUUAUAGACACAAACAGCCACGUGUUACAAGUCCUCUUUUAAAUGAAAACAGUUGCGCCAUAUGCCAAAAGACUUUUGAACGCCAGCAAGAUCUUGUCAAUCACGUUCGUUCAUUACAUCCCAAUUCAAAAGCUUAUAAAUGUCGAGUUUGUGGUAAUCUUUUCUCCCACAUACAGUCAUUAUCACGACACAUGAACAACCACAAAGAGUCAGUGGUGUUAAAUGAGUGUGAAUAUUGUGGGAAACCCUUUAUACGUGUCGAUGAUUUAAAACGUCACAUAAGAGUUCAUACCGGCGAGAGACCUUAUGCCUGUUCGUUCUGCGACAAAGCAUUUCAACAAUCGAAUGAUUUAAAAUCGCACGAGGAGAAACACUAUCUAACAAAAAUAUUUGAAUGCACCGAAUGCAAAGCGACCUACACAUCUCGUAAUGGUUUGUAUUUGCAUAAAAGAAAAAAUCACAAACAAAAAUUGUCUACUGAGAAAGAACUUCGCUAUGCUUGCAACUUGUGCGAAAUGUCGUUUGAACAUUAUCUUGAUUUGAAAAAUCACCAAAAGAAACACUUUCUAUCGGAAAUAAUUAAGUGUGAUCAAUGCGAAAAUACAUAUAUAUCACGUAAUGGUUUAAGCUUGCAUAAGAAAAAGUAUCACAAAACACAUGACGAUCAGACACAAAAGGAGAACGAAAAAGAAAUGAUUGUUGAAUUAUUAGGAUUAGAAGAGGUUGAGGAUGAAGAAAAGGAAUCUGGAAAGGAAAAAGAAGAAGAAAGCUUAAGGAUAGAAAGUGAAAAGGAAUCCAUAAGGCAAGACGAAGAUGAUACGUAAAUGAUGAAGGAAGAUGAAGAAAAGUAGUAAUGUAUUUAACAUUUUGUUAUUUAUUAACUUAAAUAUAUAUUCACAUAUGUAUGAGAUCAAACAA